AUGAAACAGGAUAAAGUAGAGAUUUCUCCUGGGCAGUUUCUAGACCAUAUUGCAGUUGAGCCUGCCAACAAUCGUGACUUGAUUAGAGUGACGACCAGUCCAUCAAGCGUUUCAGAAACUCGGUAUAUCUGGCCAGUGACGAUAUCAUUGAAGGAUAUUCUUGGCUCUCAUAUGACCGGCGACAUCAUUUUGUGUGAUGCGCCAGGUUUUGCUGAUACGUCAGGUCCCGAAGUGGAUAUUGCAAAUGGUUUGGGAGUCAUCAAAGCUCUCAGUGGUUGUAAAAGUGUCAAAAUACUAGCUUUAUCAAGUUAUGUAAAUGUCGGAGAUAGGGGACAAGGAAUUCAGAUACUGGCACAUAUUUUAAGCAAGAUGAUAAAGGACAUUGAAGAUAAUCUUGGUAGUAUCUUUUAUGCAUUUACAAAGUAUCCUCCAGAAAAAGAUGACAUUCAUGCCCGCUUGCUAGACAUAAAGCAAACGAAAGUAGCUGAAGAUUCUUUUUUAUCUAACGAUACUAGCUUUGUGAUAGUACUCGACGAUAUGAUAGAGAAAACUAAGCAAGGUGGUUUCAAAAUUGACCCUGUUAAUGGCUCUCCGAGAGAGUUAAUCCAAAAAAUUAAUCGUCUAAAUUUUAUUAAAUAUCCAGGAGAGAUUUUUCGAUUUUCAAUGAGCGAAGAUUCAAGUGCAGCCAUUAACAAUUAUGUUAAACAGUGUCAGUUAAGUGUCAUAUGUGCAGUGAAGUACAAAGACAUUGACCUUGUCGUUUAUUAUUUGAAUAAUUUAAAGGCUUUAAAAAGCUGGAUAGAGGAAAGCUUCAUCCACGAUGCUUAUGAAAAAUCUACACGCUGUAUAAGCGAGAAUAUUGAGGAGUAUUGUAAUGAAGUGAUAAGAAAAUUCAAUCGCGCAUUGGAAAGUCAGGAUGGAUUAAGAGAAGAAGAUAUUCGUGAAUACAAAAAGUCUGUUGAAUAUAUUGAGAGCAUCCAAAAACCACUAGAUGAGCAUUUAAAAUCAGGUGUGGCAAAACCUGAAUCACUUAUACAUAAUAUCGAUCACGAACUUCAACAAAGACGUCUUGUUCUGGAAGAAACUGAUUUGCAAAGUCAUCUAGUAGGAGUAUAUUUAGGUAAUCUUUAUAUGCUUAAGGAUUCGUUUCGAGAAUUUGAGGCGACUUACAGUAAAAGUUGCAAGGACUUUGAAGAUCGUUUUGAUAAGCUUGUAAAAUCCUCCAAUGAACCUAUCGCAAAUAAUGAAUUUGAUAAGGUUGCUGAAAUCAUUCUUAUAAUAUUCAAAUCUUCAUGUGUUCUAAAGCGCUAUUUGCGUGAACAAGUGGAAGAAAAAUACCAGGACGUCAUCAAAUCGCUCUUAAAGUACUUGAGUGGCUUUGUGGAAAAAGCAGAGCCUCUAUUAGCGAAGAUUCGGUUGAACGAUGAUGAUGUGAAAGAUUUGAAGAGUUAUCUACUCAUCUUGAAGUCGGCUAAAGAAACUCCGAUGCUUCAGGAAUGUCUUUCGACCUACACGAAAACGCUGAAAAUAGGACUUGACACAGUGAAUAAAAGUUUCAAAAGUUUGAAUGAAAUUUAUAAUGAAUUCAUCGACAAAAUUGUCAGCUAUUUCGGUGAAAUUAAUGUUAGAAUUAAAGAGCUUUUUGAGAAAAGCGGGGAUUACGCUCUAGAAUCAAUCGAAAAGUUAGUCAGUGACAUGGGCAGUAUUCGUACAAUACCAGAAAUUGAAGCAAAGACUUCUGGAUCAUAUUAUCGUACUGUUGAAAAUGUUCGUGGAUAUAUGCAACAGUUGCAAAGAGAUGCUGAGCAGUUGAUUGUUGACAUAGAGAAAAAAACAGGUAGCAUCAAUUAUGGACACCUCGCAAGAUCGUUAUCACGCUUAAGAAACGCAGAAUGGAUCAACCGUGCGAGUCCAGGAGCAUAUGAUGCAUUGAUGCAUCGUAUUAAAGAAGAAUUGAUAGAGAAUGCUCGGAACUUGGAAGAGCAAUUGAAGAGGAUAGAUUUUCAUUUAAAACAUCCAGAUAAUGUGGGCGUUGCGCAGGCCAUCGUUGAGAAAAUUGAAUCUAUGAGCAUUUUGGAACGCAGCGUUCCAGAACUUGAGGAUUACAGAGUUAGGAUACAAAAAAAGUUUCGUGAGACGACGCAGGCAGCGUUCGAUAGUAUCCAAAAGACUUUCAAUUUGCAAGAUAUAGAUGUUUAUAACUUAAAACAGCAGCUGAAGGAACUUGAAAAAAUUAAAAAUGAAUACGAGAAAUUGCGUCCAGCUCAAAAAUAUUUACUCGAACAGCAGUAUUUGAAUGUAGAUCAAUUAAAUGAUGAGAUCGAGAACCUAACCAAAAAACUUAAAGAAGAGACUGAUAAAGAAGAGGCUCUGAAACUUGAGAAGGAAGAAAAGCUAAAUAAGUUACAGGAUAUUGUUGGUCGAUGCGUAAAUUUGCGUGGACAAGGCUCAGAUCAAAGUACUAUGAGAGUGUCAGAUGCCAACGCAGCAAAGACUUCGCAGAGAGACAAGCUGGAGUCAGAUAAUUAUUUAAAAGAGCAUGGCUUUUCAAAACUAGAUGAUGUAUAUGAAGCCAUAGUAAACAUUUCAAAAGAUUAUGAUAAGAAAUUGCAACUAAUUCAAGAGAGUUGUAAAGGAUUCAUUGAUACAUUAAAUCGCCUGGAAGAAAUCAGAAAAAAACAUAAAUCAUUGCUAUUAGUAAGAAGUGAUUCUGUUUCUUCGGAAGGGAUGCAAUAUCUUCGAGAAAAAAAGCAAAACAGUAUUGAAUCAAUCGAUGUAGAAAUUCAAGAGAAGAAGGUAAAAAUCUCUGAACGUGAGAAAAAUAAGCAAAAGUAUGACUUCAGUGGUAGAUUCGACGGUUCUGUGGCAAAUGCUGCGUUAUUUUACAUAGUCCAAUGCGAAAAGGUGGGAGAUUCUCGAAUUAAAGAAAUUGCUACUGAAACUAAUGAGAUUAUGCAUAAAUAUUUAGGUGAAUACGGCUAUUUUUUAAAACAAGAGAUGGCUAGGCUCUAUCAGAAUGGAAAAAAUAGUGAUGUUGAAGGAGGCCCUUUGCAGUAUUGCCAUGAAUUAUGCAUACGUUUGGAGGAAUUAUCUUCACUUGAAAAUUUUCCUGAGGUUUUCAAAUGCGUGAAGGAAGCGGAACAGUUAGCGCAUUGGAGGCAAGAAAUCACGGCUUGCUAUACUACUUUCAGUGAUCUGAUGGAGGAAUACAAAAAGCGUGGUGACGGAGAAUUGUUAGGGAAGCAAUUAAGUGUAAUCCAAGGGUUCAUCUACUUGGAUCGAUUUUUAGGAAAUACUCGAUUUUACGACUUAUAUAGAAAGUCUCAAUCAUGCGUGAUUGACGAUCUAAAUGUUGCUUACAGGGAAUUAGUACAACAUAUAUGUAACUCCGACUAUGUAAGAGCAGGCAUGAUACUAUCUAAUAUUGAUGACAGGCCUUUAAAUGCGAAAGCUAAAAAGCAGAUUGAACUCGAAUUACAAAGUUCACUAGUAAAAUUGAUGAGGGAUAUAAAAUGUUCGGCACAAUGGUUAUACGGAAAAAUUGAAAGAGGGGAAGAAAAUAAGAAACAAAUUGAAGAAAUCGUAGCAAAUCUUGAAAAAACUCAAAAUGCAUUGACUCAGUUCAAUCUGAUGGAACUUUUGGAUGGAAAAACCAGGGGUGACCUGGAAAAAUUUCAAGCAGAAGUCGACCAAAUUUUAUCUGAUAUUAUUUUGCAAGGACUUAGUUCUAUCAAAACGUAUAUGAAUACUGAUCACUUUGCCCAGGCUGAAGAAGGGAUCGAGAAAAUAACAAACGUUGUCCAACACCAUCUUAAAAGCAUCGUUACCUCACAGGAGGUUAUCAAAAAAACUCAAGAAUU